CGUAGCAGGGUAAGAAAGGAGCGUUGAGAUCUCGGGGAUUAAGGUGGAGCGAGUGAGUGAGUGUAAGGAAGGCGAAAACCAAAAAGAACGCGGCUUCGGGAUGCAUUGCGAGCAAUUUCAUGCGUAUUUUGGUCGAGCGGUACCCAGACGCCAAACAACUGAGACCGCGGAAGUUGAUGAGACGAAAUGUUUAUUUCGAGUGAGGAUGAAGAUUCCCAGACCCUUGGAUGUAUGGAAAGAGCAACCCAUUGAGCGACUCUACCAAAUUUCAGGGCACGGCCCCUCUUACAUAGGUGAUCCAAAGAAUUUGAAGAUACAUUUGACACUCUGUAGUGACCGGAACCGCGAUUGGUAGGUUUAUAGCUUUAGCUUUUCCUCAGCAAAGCUCCAUGCAGAGAGCUUGGAAUCAUUGCUUUGGAUCAUUGCUUGAGAUCAUUGCAUGCUGAUUUCCUUAUGUGCCUGUGCUAAAAAAUCGUUCAUUCCUCAACACGAUGUAUCGUACCUUCUGCAUUUCUUACUUGUGGUGAGCUCGGAUGCAAAGGGUAGAAUUCAAAAGUCUCACACAUGUGACGACUGAAGGGCCUCUUUCUGCAAUUUGACAAUCGUAUAGUAUAGUCAUAUUUGGAGACGCUUUAAAUACUGCAGUCUGCUCUGUAUUCAGAGGCAUGCAACCCAAUAAUCUUGAAGCGACUUCAAACAAUCACAAUGCAAAGCCAUCAUGCUUUGGAGGAUCGCAGAAUCGCCAUAGUCCUGCUUUCUCAGCAGCCAUCCUGACUGUAGAGACCUCUUCUUUCGUGACGUGUCUGUUGAUCUCUUCGUACCGUACUGCCCUCUCUGAUAAAGGCUCCUCGCCUACAUGUACAGGCUUUACUGCUGACCGACGAGGCUGCUUCGCUUUCCCAACGUGAGCGUCUGGGUGAUACUGCUCCAUGAUAUUGACAAAGACAUCUUUUGAGACGUUGCUUGCCAUCCAUUUCAUGAUUUCUUCGCCUUCCGACUCAUAGCCAGGCAUGACUAAGUGUCUGACAAGUAAUCCCUUCUUGGCAAUACCAUCAGGCGUGAAGCAUAAGUCUCCAACUUGGGCUUGCAUAGCCUUGACGCUUUCCAUGGCGGCGGCUGCAUAAUCGUCGGCUUUCAGCAGGCGCUUGGAGGUACUAGCAUUCCAGACCUUGAAGUCGGGAAGAUAGAUAUCCACCAAUCCAUCAAGCAGUUCGAUAGAUGCCAGAGAAUCGAACGCCGAAGUGUUGUAAAUAAUUGGAAGCUUCAGGCCGUGAUCGCGAGCGUGGAGUAUUGAAAGAACGACCUGGGGAACAAUAUGCUCAGGAGUGAUCAAGUUGAUAUUGUGUACUUUUCCGACAUCCUGAAGCUUGAUGUACCAAUCUCCAAGUUCUUCGGGAGUCAAGUCUUGGCCGUUACGUUGAUGGGCAAUGUCAUGAUUCUGACAGAAUACACAGCGGAGAUUGCAUCCGGAGAAGAACACACUUCCAGAGCCAUUGUGGCCUUGCAUACAGGGUUCUAUAUGCUAGGAAGUUAGCAGCAAAUAUUGACGAAUCUUACUUUUUAAGCAUACAAGUCCUACACUAUGGAAUCACCUACCUUCUCCAAAAUGUGGAGCAAUAACAUUGACUUUUACCGUCUCAGCUCCAAUCAAGCAAGCCCCAGGUUUCUCGUAUCGAUUCACAUUGCAUAGUCGAGGGCACAAAUUACACUUCGAAAGGUGCGCAUAUGCAGCAGAUCUCUUCUUGGAGGCAUCAAUGGAGGAGAGUAAUUGAUGUCUUGGGGUAUAGUCGUCGAGCAGGAAUGGAGGUGCCAGAUGGAGACAUCGUCUCCCUACACCUGUUUGAGUACGAUCCACAAGUGUAUCUGUUCGAAGCAACCGAGAUGAAAACGAAGGAUAUCGGGUCAGUCUUGGAAACAUCGUGAGGGCCGAGGCAUGGGAUAUGCGGGCGAGGAUAAUCUGAUUGGCAUUGGGUGAUGGACAUUCAGGACUCGAAAUGGGGUAUGCUAGAUAUUCAGAUUGACUGCGACCUAUAUUGGAUGAGCUUGUUUUGGAAUGUUCUCAAAUGCAAUAAUCAGGUGAAUCGAAAAAGAAGACUGACAUUCGACCGACGUCAAAGACCGUUGGCUGAGGUCUUGCUUAGUCAGUAGUAUGGAUGAGGACUGGUGGCGUGGCAUUUGAAACCAUUCUUCAACUGCCCUGCCUGACCAUCUUCUAUACCCACCAGCGCUGAAGCUGCCAACCUCAACUUCAACUCAUCAUCUGGGACAAAACAUUAACGAAUAUUCGGGCGGGAAAGAGCGACUUAGCCAUUGUCUUAAUCCUUGAAUAUGCACCCAUAGUCACUUCCAUCUCAAGCCUGUCAUAUCUCUUCAUUACUAGGUACCCUGUUCUCCCAAGGAGCUACGUGCAAACAGCAGAUGGACGAUAUGUGAAGAUGGCCGAGCCGAUGGAUAUCGAUGUGGAUCUGGAGCAGAGAGGAACGAAGAGAAAGGCGGAUGAGGCUCUUGCAGGUGUGACUGCACCGCGAAGAAUCAGGGCACUGGAUCCAGAUGUUGUCAACAAGAUUGCGGCUGGCGAGAUCAUCGUUGCCCCCGUACAUGCGUUGAAAGAACUUAUCGAGAAUUCUGUCGAUGCUGGUUCAACAUCACUUGAAGUUCUUGUCAAAGAUGGUGGCUUGAAACUUCUACAGAUCACAGACAAUGGUCAUGGAAUCGCCAAAGAAGACCUUCCAAUAUUAUGCGAGCGUUUCACAACCUCCAAGCUCAAGUCUUUCGAAGACCUGACUUCCAUUGGAACUUACGGCUUUCGAGGAGAAGCCUUGGCGAGUAUCAGUCAUGUUGCCCAUCUCACGGUCACAACCAGAACGAAAGACUCUACCUGCGCUUUCCGAGCACAUUAUGAUAGUGGUCGUUUGGCUCCCGCGAAACCCGGUCAAAGUUCUGAUCCGAAGCCGACUGCAGGUAGACAGGGUACUCAAAUCACAGUUGAAGACUUAUUUUACAAUGUCCCUACUCGUCGCAGAGCUUUCAGAUCAGCAUCCGAGGAAUACAAUAAGAUCCUCGAUGUAGUCGGCAGAUAUGCUGUACAUUGUGACGGGGUUGCCUUCAGCUGUAAGAAGCAUGGAGAAGCCAGCACUACCAUUUCGACCCAGUCAAGCUCAUCCACUGUUGAUCGAAUCCGACAAAUCCACGGAAGUUCAGUGGCAAACGAACUCAUAGAGUUUACGUCCUCUGAUUCCCAGUGGGGGUAUCGAGCUCGCGGUUGGACGACCAAUGCAAAUUACCACGUCAAGAAAACUACCCUCCUUCUCUUCAUCAAUCAUCGCUCCGUUGACUCUACAAAUAUCCGCAAGGCCAUCGAGCAGACGUAUUCAGCCUUCCUUCCUAAGGGUGGUCACCCCUUCACAUAUCUGAGUCUCGACAUCGACCCGCACCGAGUCGAUGUCAACGUGCACCCCACGAAGAGAGAAGUUAACUUCCUCAACGAAGAUGAGAUCAUUGAGAAGAUCUGCACCGACAUACGCUCCAAGCUCGCAGAUGUCGACACGAGCCGAACAUUCAUGACCCAAACCCUACUCCCUGGUGUACGACUUCCGUCAACGACCACAGAAGCCGAUGGAACCCCAAACGCUACUUCCUCAACCCCGAAGACCAAAUCCUACGAGAACAAUCUCGUGCGCACCGAUGCCAAACUCCGCAAAAUCACCAGCAUGCUGCCGCCUAGCAUGAGUCGAGCCAGCACGACCUCAGGACCUAACGACGCACAACCUCAAGCUGCAGACACUGAGUACGAGACCUCAGAUCGAGGAGCCGUUGUCUGUCGUCUUGCAACAGUCAAAGAACUUCGCGCCGAAGUCCGCGACGAGAUACAUAACGAGCUAACUGAGAUAUUUGCUGGUCACACGUUCGUCGGCGUCGUUGAUGAGCGUCGCCGCCUGGCCGCAAUUCAAGGAGGUGUGAAACUCUUCCUUGUGGACUACGGCACGGUCUGCAACGAGUACUUCUACCAAGUCGGCCUCACCGACUUCGGAAACUUCGGCAUGGUCCGUUUUGAACCUCCUCUCAACCUUCAGGAACUACUCGUCCUUGCUGCCCAGCAUGAGAAAAGCACAUCUCCUACGCCAGACAAAGCCGAAGGUGAUUUCGACGUUGAUGAAGUAGCCGAUUUAGUCUCCGCGCAACUGAUCAAUCGCAGAGAGAUGCUUCUCGAGUACUUCUCCAUGGAGAUAUCUGAGGACGGAGAUUUGCUCAGUAUUCCUCUCUUGUUAAAAGGCUACACGCCCAGCCUGGCCAAACUUCCACGCUUUCUCCUUCGGCUCGGACCACACGUAAACUGGACUGCUGAAAAAGAAUGCUUUUCCACUUUCCUGCGCGAGUUAGCAGCAUACUAUGUGCCGGAACAGCUGCCGCCUUCUCCUGGUCCGGAAGAUCCAGAGGAAGAUCUCAGUGAAGACAUUAAGACCAGGAGACAGCAGAUUACGAAGGCGGUGGAGGAUAUUCUUUUUCCGGCUUUCAGGGCAAGGUUGAUCGCUACGAAGUCGUUGAUGAAGGGAGGUGUCGUAGAGAUUGCGAAUUUAAAGGGGUUAUAUAGGGUGUUUGAGCGCUGCUAAAGAAGUACCAGUUGGGCUGUAUAUUAUUGCUUCUCGGGCUUGGCUUGGUACUGGAUGGUUGUUGCAUUUUCGUAUUGCAUAUGGGCAGGACGGUUCCUUUCGGGAUGUACUAGUGCUGUUUCAUUCUUGGGAGUCCGGGGCGUUUUUGGCUGUCAUAUUUGCUCGGAAUUUAUCUGCUCGUAGUCAUAGUAUGAAGAAACAUCGAGAAUGAACGGGCUACAAGGGGACAAUCGCAUAAGACUUAUAUAAAACGCCAGAUAUCAUCUCUAUCGUUUUGAUUGAAUGUGACUAAUCGAUGACGUUCCUGAACCUCUCCAGAUCAGUCAAAGGUCUACGCCGCUAUUAUACAGUAUAAGUUCAUUCAUCCAUCGGUCCGUUCAUUCCAAUCCAUACCUAUGCUCCGAUUCAUUUAGCUCUUACCAUCUUCCCAUUCGGGGUUCUGUUUCUUGUCAGUAAAUUUCCAACUCAACCAUUUUCAUAUUGCCAUCAAGUCUUGGGUUCAGUGGAUAAGCCUACCUUUCUCAGAAUGACCAAGCCCUCGAGAUUACUUGUCAACGGAAUAUACUGCUCAUCCUCCAACUCUGCACGCUCACCAUACGCCAACAGUACCGGCGUACUCUGUGUCUGCCAUCCGGUGAUAGUCUUUGGUCGACCCGCCUGUCCAACAACAUCGACAGCCUGACCAACACGGACAUUGACUGUGAGCGGCUUGAGGUCUUCGUCCAGAGUGACUAGGAAGCGGGGAUGCAUGGCUGUGACGAGAUAGUAGAGUAGGUAGUGUGACUUGUCGGUCACGAACUGCUUGGCGUCGAUCAUGGCGACCAGAACUGCUAGGAGACCAGCAGCAGAGACUCGAGAGAGGACUUGUCGGUCUGUGUGGAAUGGACUGAUAGAAAGCGUACCCUUACCCAUAUGCAGAAGACCUUGGGCGAUUCUGACCAUGAAGAGAGAUUCUUGGUCGCGGUGGUAAUAGCUAGCUAGUUGUCGCAGGAGUUGGGCUAAUCUGGCGUUGUUGGUUCCAGCACCGAGAAGACCCAUGGCAAAGAUGGCGUUGAUAGCAACGUCGUUGUCAUUGUCGUGACUGUACCUCGACAAAGUAUCAUAGACCUUCAUCUGCGGAUUGCUGGGGCUUAGAAGACCCAUCGCCAAGGGUACAGCCUUGCGGAUAUUGGCUUCGCCGUAAUGCAUUAGAUGCCCAAAUUGACGGAGGACCAUUUCUUGACCAACAUCUUCACCCAUAGCUACCAAACCAAGACCAAUGACGGCGUAUGCUUGUAGCAACUCGUCACCCUUCUUCUCGUCACUCUCCUCGAUAUGGUCGUUACAGAUGUGAAGAAGCUCCUGGAGCUUCAGAACAGUUCCAGUUCCAGCCCAAGCACAGAUUUCAGCAAGUACCGAAGUUGGCUUUGACAUUGGAUGAUCGAUAGCCUUCAGUGUCUCCAAAAUAACCUCAACCUCUUCUUGGCGACCAAAGAACAGUAGACCAAGACCCAGAGCCAUGAAACGAGUCCACUUAUCCUUAAGCUGUGAUUUUCGGUCAUCGUCAAGGAAUGUCUGAAUAAUCGCCUCGCUGACAUCACUGUUCGAGGAACCUACAAAGACCAUACCCAGCGAUAGCGCCGCCAUUGCCGAGAUCUGCAUGUCCAGCGAAGUGUCUACAACAAUAGGGAUCAAAAUUUCGAGGAGGUCAGCUCGGUUCGAGCCAGCAUAUGCAAGUCCAAGACCCAUGAUCGAUGCCACCCGGACCGCGGUACUCUUGUGGUUGAUUCUAUCCUCGUCGCUCAAGAGUGCCAGGGCGGGGUCAGAAUCCAUUCUGACACCAGUGUUCAUGAUACCAAUAGCCAACAUGGCACCAGCAAGAAUUUGGUCCUCGUCGGCAUAAGUGUACUUGUCGAUCUUGUCCAGACCACCUUCAACAUCCCAUAGAAGCAGCGUUCCCAGAGAAGCAACUGUGGACAUCAUACCCUCCUCCUUUGUCUUCCAAACCCAAGCGGACUUCUCCUCCUCAACCAUCAUCAUUUUAUCGUUGCCGAAUCCAGCGUUGACAAAAGCGUUGACAAAUGCUGCAGCCAAGUUGUGUCUUGCGGAAUCCAAGUUCGUAAGCCCAGCCACGCGGUUGCUCUCAAGAUGGCUCUUGUAAAUAUCCUCAGUCGUCUUCGGGUCGAGAAUGUUCAGCUCCUUUGCCAGAGCCUUGAAAUGCUCAGGCAUCUUGGUGCUGUUUAAGCACUCGACUAUUUCCCUCUCGUCAUCCGUGUCCGUUGGCAGAUCCAAAACGAUAUGUUGUCUGGCGAUCAGGAAAGCCAUCUGCUUCUUCAGCGCCACAUCCUUUGUCGAGUCGAAAUCCUCCUGAAUGAGCGUAACGUCAUUGAGGCGGAUAGCGAGUACGAUAGCCUGCGUAAGCUGGCCAUAAUGCUUGUAGAUGUCGUGCGCGGUUCGGAGAAAUUGUUGAUCCUCUGGGUAAGUCAACAGACUGACCAUGCUAACCAUGUACAAGCACACUCGUGGGUAUGUAUCUUUGUCGAGAAACUUGGGGAUAUCCUCGAUAAUUUCGAGCUCGCUCAUCAGGUCCACAGCGUCAGCUUCGGCAUUGCUCUUGAGGAACAGAGGGACAAGAACUAAUGCAAGAUCAAUAAGAUCCUUGUAUGGCUCGUCUGCUGUUAAUCGCUUGGUGUACACCUCUCCAAUCUCCAGGGCGAGAUGCCGCGUGUAUUCGUGGCCCCAAGAUCCAAUGUCCGAUGUUGGCGCGAGCAGGCGGUAUUUGAGGGUAUCUUGUCUGUCUUCGUCCGAAAAUGUCAUGCCAAUCACUGACAGUACAUCCGCCAACGAAGUCCUAUCAUCUCCCGCAGGCCAUUGUUCGUACAACUUUAUCAUCGGCUCGUAAUGUGGUCGCAGGAACUUGAGGGGUUUCGGAACAGCGGUCAUAGAAGAUGUGGAUGUUUUGAUA